CUGACGGACUCCGCCAUGUUGGGGCUCGUGGGCCGCGCCGCCGCCGCCUCGGCCUCCGCCGCGCUGCGGGGCCUCGGCGCUUCGUGCGCCCCGCCGGCGCCCGCCCAGGCCCUGCUGCGGGCCGCCCCGGCUGCGCUCCAGCUCGCCAGGAAAUAUGCGGCCCAGGCCUCGCCCUCCGCCAAGGCCGGCGCCGCCACCGGUCGCAUCGUGGCGGUCAUCGGCGCCGUGGUGGACGUCCAGUUCGACGAGGGGCUGCCCCCCAUCCUCAACGCCCUGGAGGUGCAGGGCAGGGACACCCGGCUGGUCCUGGAGGUCGCCCAGCACCUGGGGGAGAGCACGGUCCGCACCAUCGCCAUGGACGGAACUGAGGGGCUGGUGAGGGGCCAGAAGGUUCUGGAUUCCGGCGCCCCGAUCCGGAUCCCCGUUGGACCGGAGACCCUGGGCCGCAUCAUGAAUGUCAUCGGGGAGCCCAUUGACGAGCGAGGCCCCAUCAAAACCAAACAGUUCGCCGCCAUCCACGCUGAGGCUCCAGAGUUCAUUGAGAUGAGCGUCGAGCAGGAGAUCCUCGUCACCGGCAUCAAGGUGGUCGAUCUGCUGGCCCCUUACGCCAAGGGAGGCAAGAUCGGUCUUUUCGGCGGCGCGGGUGUGGGCAAGACAGUGUUGAUCAUGGAGCUGAUCAACAACGUGGCCAAGGCCCACGGAGGCUACUCGGUGUUCGCCGGGGUGGGCGAGCGGACGAGAGAGGGCAACGACCUGUACAAUGAGAUGAUUGAGUCCGGAGUCAUCAAUCUGAAAGAUGCCACGUCUAAGGUAGCGCUGGUGUAUGGACAGAUGAAUGAGCCGCCCGGUGCCCGGGCCCGCGUGGCGCUGACCGGCCUGACUGUGGCCGAGUACUUCCGUGACCAGGAGGGCCAGGAUGUGCUGCUGUUCAUCGACAACAUCUUCCGCUUCACACAGGCUGGUUCUGAGGUGUCGGCGCUGCUGGGUAGGAUCCCGUCAGCGGUGGGCUACCAGCCCACUCUGGCCACGGACAUGGGCACCAUGCAGGAGAGGAUUACCACAACCAAAAAAGGCUCCAUCACCUCCGUACAGGCUAUCUACGUACCAGCAGAUGACUUGACUGACCCAGCGCCUGCCACCACCUUCGCCCAUUUGGACGCCACCACCGUGCUGUCCCGGGCUAUUGCCGAGUUGGGCAUCUACCCUGCCGUAGAUCCCCUGGAUUCCACCUCACGUAUCAUGGACCCCAACAUUGUGGGCAGCGAGCACUAUGAUGUGGCCCGGGGGGUCCAGAAGAUUCUCCAGGACUACAAAUCCCUCCAGGACAUCAUCGCCAUCCUGGGUAUGGACGAGUUGUCGGAGGAGGAUAAGCUGACGGUGUCUCGUGCCCGCAAGAUCCAGCGUUUCCUCUCCCAGCCCUUCCAGGUGGCCGAGGUCUUCACGGGCCACAUGGGCAAGCUGGUGCCCCUGAAGGAGACCAUCAAGGGCUUCCAGCAGAUCCUGGCCGGCGAGUACGACCACCUCCCCGAACAGGCUUUCUACAUGGUGGGCCCCAUCGAGGAGGCUGUGGCCAAAGCCGAGAAGCUGGCGGAGGAGCACUCUUGAGGGGCUCGCUCCUCGCCCCCCUCUCCUCUUCCUCCUCCCUCCCCUCCCCCAAGGAAGCAAUGCUGCAGUGGCCUCACGGACACCUCAUGGCUGGUCUGAAGAGUAUUUAAAGUUUCCAAUAAAAUGUCCAUCCGA